AUAUAAUAAUGCUCUUGUGUUAUUGUGUUACAUUACUAACGGAGUCACUGCUCAUCUCAUUUGAAAACUUGAGAGGAGUCAGAAUGAUCUAUAGAACAGGUUUUCUGAAAGUUGUGUUCGCCUGGUUGUUGGUUUUGAUGCACGGCUUGGAUGCAGGACAUGCACAAAAGGAACUUCCUGCAGGAGUUCCAUGCAUGCCGAAAGCAAUGACUGCCCUUACCAAGGCUGUAAUGGAAGAGAGCUUGAAACGUUUUGACGAAGCCAAUGGGAAGCACCUCGGCACUUGGUCUCCGGGCUUCCCUGAGCUACAGGUCAAUAUAAACUCUUUUCUCCAUGGUCCAAAGGUUCAGUGCAGCCUCAUAUUCAUUGCUCAAGGGAUGGAGAAAGUCCUGGAGGACCAAAAGAGCAACCUGAAUCCUGAAGAUAGUCCACUUCACAAGAAGCUCAGAGAAACCAUCUCCAGGGUCAACAUGCUUGCAGUGUGUAUGAACCAAACCCUCGGAGGAGAGUGCUUCCCGGUUCCACCCCUGCCCGUAAUGCCCAAGCAUGUGUAUGCGAGGAAGCAGUGGAGUCACACUCUGCUGAAGACUGCCAAGGACUAUCUGGACUGGCUUGAGGAUAAGAUUGAGGUGCACAUUUCAACAGUCAACGAGAAAAAGAAGAUUAAACAUCUACAUACCAGAGCAACAAUCAAAGGAAAGUACAAGAUGAGACGUAAAGUUGCUGAGGGAACCCGUCAGGACUACUUGGAGGGGAGUGGAUACCUCUUGUAGUUUCCCCUUGAUCUCAGUUUGGAUUGCAAAAUUUGUUACGAAUUAUGGCAGCUGUUUUAAAAGAACAUAUUUUUUAUAAGAUGUAUUAUUUGUUGACAUGCAUCAUACUGAGGAAAUGGAGCUAUGAAAAUGUUUACCUUUUUAAAAUAAAAUACAAGAAUACA